GCAGAAGAAGAAGAAAUGAGAAAGCACGUUGUGUUAACGAAGCCUUUCUCGUUAGAUGAUGAGAAAGACUCGGAACACACAACUUCCAAUCUCAUCCAACGGAUCUUAAGCCUCUUCAAAAACGUACGCCCAGGAUCCGAUCUUACUAACUUUCAGCUUCCACCUCAACUGAACCUACCGGGAUCACAACUCCAAUGCUACGGCGAGAUGAUCUACGGUUUCAACGGUCCCGAUUUUCUCGGAGAGUGUGGUCGUCGUGACAAACCAAUCGAACGGCUCAAAGCAGUCGUAACGUGGAACAUCUCAACUCUCCGGCCAUUGAUCUUUGGCAUGGCUCCUUACAAUCCUGUCGUCGGCGAAACUCAUCACGUCUCCAAUGGCCACAUCAAUGUUCUCAUAUCUCAUCAUCCACCAGUGUCUGCUCUUCAUGCAACUCACGAGAAAGAAAACAUUGACGUAACGUUUUGUCAAUACUUCACACCUAAAUUUCGUGGAGAGACUUACGAAAUGAACCAACCAAGACUUGUGAUGACAUUUCUGCCGGCGACGGGAGCUCACUGGGCCGGAAAAAUCGUGAUAAAGUGCCCGGAGACUGGACUCGAAGCCGAGUUGCAGCUACUCUCCGAUUCAUUUUUAAGUCGAUUCACAGGAAACAACAAGAGAUCCAUUAAAGGCAAGAUCUUUGAAUCUUCCUCUGGGAAACGGCUCUAUGAAAUCUUUGGACAUUGGGACAGAACCGUUACCGCGAAAAAUCUCAAGACUGGAGAGCUUGAAGUUAUAUACAACGCGAGUGAAAACAUUGCGAAGCUCAAAACUCCCAUUGUCAAGAACCUGCAGGAGGUAAGUGAGAGCGAGUCGGCGUUGGUGUGGAGUGAGGUGAGUGAAGGAAUUAUGAGGAAUGAUUGGGAGAAAGCAAGCAAAGGCAAGAGAGACGUGGAGGAGAAGCAGAGAGAGUCUCGGAGGCAAAGAGAGGUUUCUGGAUUUUCUUGGAUUCCAAAGCAUUUCUCUGUGGUUCGAGCGGGUAAGGAGUGGGACUGUGUUCCUCUACAGCCAACGGUUCCUCGAGCUCCUAUCGUUGUUCCUCUCUGA